CAAAUCUCUUUCUCUCAUCGAUCUACACACUGAAACUUCAGUUCCACUGUCAACAUGAGGAUCCUCAACUGGAUGCAAAAGAAGUUCAAUGGAAAACCAGACAACAAGAGAUCAUUUGAUCCUGUUUCCAUCUCAGCUCCUUCAUAUGAUCGGAAAGAAGAGUUCAGUGAUUGGCCGCAAGCUUUACUGGCCAUCGGAACUUUUGGAAACAAAGAAAUCAGUGAAAAACAAGAAACAACACAGCAUGAUGAUGAAUCUUCAGAAGAUGAGCUCCAUGAAGAUGAAACAUCUCAAGACUUGCAAGACUUCACUCUUGAAGAAGUGACCAAGCUGCAGAAUGAGCUCACAAAACUACUAAAACAUAAACCAAAGCCAAAACCUGAUGCACCAGAGAUCACCGGAGAAGAUAGAGCUAAUCUUCCACUCAAUAGGUUCCUCAAUUGUCCUUCAAGUUUAGAGGUUGAACGUAUAGCAAACAUUAAUGAAGCUAAGAUUAUUCUCAACAAAGCCAAAGAUGCUUUGAUGGAUAAUGGAAGUAAGAUUCGACGAAGAUCGAUCUCUUUUCUUCUAAAGAAGAUGUUUGUUUGUAAAUCUGGUCUUCCUCCAAUGCCUAACAUAAGAGAUUCAGUUCCUGAGUCCAAGAUUGACAAGUUAUUAAGGAUGAUCUUGCACAAGAAAAUAUAUCCUCCGAGUUCUACUCCAACCUUACUGAAGAAGUACUUGGAUAAGAAACAAGAUGAGAAAAGGAUCAAAGAUGAAGAAGAUGAAGGAUGUAAAUGGGUCAAAACUGAUUCUGAAUUUAUUGUUCUAGAGAUGUAGGAGACUUUGGAUUGGUAACUUUGGAGGACUUGUUUUUACUGUUUCUUAUUAAUACUCAUUCCUGCAGAUUCACAAAGAGUUUGUGAGGAGAAUACAAGAUAUGAAUUGAAAUUCAUGUUGGGCAAAUUUGUG